CAACUAUAUCUAAAUACACAAAACGAGUUCAAAAAACUAGAAAUACUUUUGCUAGUAUUAUCGCUGGUACUGCUCUGCAUAUAAUAGCUGCUACUGCUCUAUGUAUAACAGCUACUACUGCUAGCUAUGAAUCAAGAACUACAGAAAUUACCAAAGUUCUUGCAGCAAGAGAAAGUAUUAGACAUGAAGGCGAUAGUAUUAGA